UCGCCUUGUUGGUUGUUUGAGGGCUUGCCACUAAAACAUUUCACAUUGGAAGCAACUGCAAACAGCGUAGAUAAAGCAUUUCAGCAUUACGACACUGGUUUCAUUUCUACCGCACGCUUUCAACUAUUCCGCUAUUCUCCACAUUCGCCGUCAAGGCGAGAAUUCACAUUUGAAACCAUAUUUCAGACCUUCUUUCCUCAAAACGGAAAAUGCCUGAUCCCUACUGGCCCCAACGAAGGAUUGGACUGGACGAACAUGUCUGGUACGGAGUUUGCAAAGCAACCGGCCAACAAGUCGUCUUAAAAUUGUUUGACCGCGAACGUUUCGCGGAGGGUCCUGUCCGAGACGAAAAGGUGUUGGCGGAAGUCAAGAUUCUGAAAGACCUGUGCAGGGCACAUCCAAAGAGAAUCAUUGGGUUUGUGGAUUUUUAUGCAAAUGACGAGGAUCAAUUGGUUUUAGUUAUGGAGAGGGCUGCAUGCACAUUGCAAGAUGUACUGUACGACCGAAAGGUAUUGAGCGAACUUGAUGCACGAGAGGCGAUAUUUGGUAUGCUGGAAGCUGUGUACUGUGUUCACUCAGCACAGCUCGUGCAUCGGGAUAUCAAGCCUGCCAAUCUGAUGUUAAUGGAAAAGAACGACUUUACUUCAUUGAAGCUGGCAGAUUUUGGGGCUACGGUUGGGAACGUCGGGUAUGACAAUUUGAAUCAAAUUGCUGGUACUAUGGGGUAUGAGGCUCCAGAAAUGCUCUCACGGACGUUUUAUGGCAAAUCAGUCGAUCUAUGGUCUUGCGGGGUAGUAGCCUACCAACUUCUCUUCGGUCGCCUCCCAUUUAAACCUGUCCCAUCGAGCGGGUUCUUUGCGACGAAAAAGAUUGGUCCAAAACAACAGCUCGACGCGAUACGUAAAGGGCUCGAAUUUCCUCCUGACAUUCAAGUCUCUGACCUCGCUAAAGACUUUGUCCGCAGCCUCCUUCAGAUGGAGCCCUCCCGAAGACCUAGUAUCAAAAAAGCCCUCGAGCAUCCAUGGUUUGGACAUGGCGAUCCAGAGAGCGCGAUGGGUGCACCCGACCUGGAUAUGGAGCCACUUGCCGAAUGCCCGGGGUGGAUGAUUGUAACACAGGAGGAUGGGACAGUGUACUAUUAUAAUAAGGAUACCCAAGAGACCACAUGGAAUCCGCCUGUUUCUGGACCACCGCCGCCUUUACCGGGACGACCGUCGGAAACGAUGGGGUUGGCAGAUGUGGCGAGUCAGUUGAUGCGGAAAGAGGGACAUAGCGUCGUCGAUGGUGAAAAGAAUGAUUCUCCCGUAGUGAGCAACAGGGAGUCUGUCGAGAUAGAAGAUGACGCGGGGGAGUGGAAGCCAGGAGUAGAUGACACGCCAGUACCCGAGUACCCCGACUGGUAUCCAUUAAAGACAGAAGACGGCGAGGUAUAUUAUUAUAAUAUCAAGACCAAGGACACCAUAUGGGAGCAUCCUGCAAAGUUGGAAAAGAAGAGACGAAAGGAGAAGCGAGAUAAGUCCCGAGCGGAUGAGGCCCUUCGAGAUCCCGGAAAGAAAGAAAAGAAGAGAGUCCAAUUUGGUAAUGUUGUUACAGAAAUUGUAACAAAGCAGCAUGCUGUCAAGGAGCCUGUCAAUGAGGGCGGUGAGCAUGCAUCUGGACACAUGGGUUGGAAGGAAGCUGGCCGGCAAGUAGCGGCGAGUACACAAGCGACUGCCAGUCCUGAUUCCAUUCGUACCGAGAGCCCCCCCGUCCCACCACGUCCUGUACCACCUACAUCCUCCGUGUCAUUUCUAGGCCAAACAGCAAGCACGGCCAAACUCUCUGUCCCUGUCAUUCACCGGCGCACCUCAUCCUUUGAUCGCCAACACACUGCACCUGCUGCUGAACCUACCCCUGAAUCUCCAUCGCGACGCAGCCAACCCGUGAGCGACGCAAAAAAUACGCACGGGGACACGAAUGGGUCAAAUCGUGUGGAUAUGUGGCGGAGCGGUCUUCACAAGGACAAGAAGGAGGGUGGGGGUGUUAGAGCAUUGGCGGCUAUCUUUGAAUCGUCAUCCUAAACUUUUCGAUUACAAUUGCACAUGUAAAUACAUGAAAGAUUCGCGAGCCUCAC